AUGACAAUUUAUUUCUGAUCAAAAGGCCCUACUUCGGAUAAUUUAUGCAGCUCAAUCCAGCCAAACCAAACUCUUCAGUCUUCACAGGCCUAGUUCCUCUAUAUAUAUAAAACCACACCACCUGGAAAAUUAUAUCCCAUAAACAAGCAAACAACAAAAAACUGAUCUUCUCUUCUCUCCAUGGCAAGCAAUAGAGCUUCUAUCCCACGAUUCGCCCCCAAGGCGCUACCAGGCACGGCCAACCUAGUAAACCUGCUUCCAACAGGCACCGUCUUCGCGUUCCAAGCCAUCAUACCUUCAUUCUCCAACAAUGGAAAAUGUGAAAUAGUUCACAAAUACAUGGUCUUAGGUCUUAUUAUAGUAUGUUCACUUGGUUGUUUCUUAUCUUCCUUCACUGACAGCUUUGUGGGCAGCGAUAACAAGCUUUACUAUGGUCUUGCCACCAUCAAAGGACUUUGGGUUUUUAACGAUGAGCGUGAUGAUGGUCUUGACUUGGAGAACAACGAGGAAGAAGCCAAGAAAAUUUUAAGAAAGUAUAGACUCACCCCCAUAGAUUUUGUUCAUGCCUUUGGCUCCGUAACUUUGUUUUUAGUAAUGGCUUGUAGCAGCUUUGAUGUUCAAGGUUGCUUUUUUCCUGAACCGGGGGCAAAUGGUAAUGCACUGAUGACAAAUUUGCCAUUAGCAGGUGGGCUAUUAGCCAGCGGUUUGUUCAUGCUUUUCCCAACCAAAAGAAGAGGGAUUGGUUAUGCUGAUAAGCCUGAUCAUGGUGAUAGAAAGGAAGAGAAACAGACCCAUACCAAAGCUGACACUACUUAAGAUACAUCAACCCUAGCCAGCCAGUUAUAUACUUUAAAUCCAUUACUCAUUUUAAUCAAAAUAGUAGUUUCGAAAAUUAAAAAAAAAAUAUAUAUAUAUAUAUAUAUAAAUUAAACUAUUAAUAUAAGCAAAUUCCUACUCAUAUAUGUAUAUAUAUAUAUAUAUAUAUAUAUAUAUAUCUGUAAGGUUGCCUGUAUUUGAUUAGCUGGAAGCUACAUUUGAUGGAGCUUAAGUUGAAUUUAUUGUAUAAUAUUAUUUUCUU